CCUCGACCAGCUAUCGGCAUCUGGCAGCACAUUCGGGUCUGAGAUUUUUCCGAGAAAGCGAUCGAGAAAAUGAGCGGAGCGGGAAAGAAAGUGGCCGAUGUAGCGCUGAAGGCGUCGAGGAACAUAGAUUGGGAUGGGAUGGCUAAGCUUCUGGUCACCGACGAGGCUCGCAAAGAGUUCGCCACUCUUCGCCGCGCCUUCGACGAGGUCAAUUCAACGCUCCAGACCAAGUUCAGCCAGGAACCUGAACCCAUAGAUUGGGAGUAUUAUAGAAAAGGAAUCGGAUCGCGCUUGGUGGAUAUGUACAAAGAGGCUUAUGACAGCAUAGAGGUCCCCAAGUAUGUCGACACGGUCACUCCACAAUACAAGCCUAAAUUUGAUGCACUGGUGGUGGAAUUGAAAGAAGCAGAAGAGAAAUCCUUGAAGGAGUCUCAGCGUUUGGAGAAGGAAAUUGCCGAAGUACAAGAGCUGAAGAAAAAGAUUAGCACCAUGACUGCAAAUGAAUACUUCGAGAAGCAUCCUGAGCUGAAGAAGAAAUUCGAUGAUGAAAUCCGUAAUGAUUACUGGGGUUAUUGACCACAUCUGCCGGUUCUACCACCAAUUUGUCGCAGUUCAGCAGAAUUUUCAAGUUCCCUUGUUUGUUGAAUAAUAAAUAUAACCAUAUUGUUGACUCUGUGAUCUGGGUUGCUUUUGGUUUGAAGAUUUGAGGAAUGAUGUCAAAAAAUAGGAUUUUCUUGUACGGCCAUAGAGCUCUACUUUCUGAUUCAUAUAAAAGCAGGAUUUGAAUCUGCAAAAGCAUUACCAUGGAUCA